AUGGAUUUUGGUUUUGGCCUAUUCUUACCCAAACGGCAAAGUCCGGAACCGCCAAAAUCCUCAUCAGGCGCAUCAGCCGCAUCGGCGACAAGCCCCCGCGCAUUCCAUGCCUCAGGCUCGGAUUCCUCCUCCUCUUCUCUCCUCUCCUUCGGUCCGUACCUCCCUCUAGCAACCGCCAGCGACACCGCUAGCAGCAAGUCUUUGAGCGCGUCAGGCGCCGAGAUUCCCGCUGGGUCCACUUCCUCCACCUCCUCCUCUUCAAGCGGUCAGGCCAGCGCCACCGCGAAACGCGGCGGGACUUCCGGCGCAACUCGCGCUGGUUUUCUUGCCGGGGGUAGAGAUUCAGGAGGAGGUGGAUGUGGGGGCGGUGGUUAUGGGGGAGGAGGAACCGGGGGAGGCUCAGCUUAUGCUGGAGCAAGUGGUGAGGGGAUGGGUGGGAGAGGAGCGAUGAGGACUGCUGUGGGUGGCGGUGGUAACCAUGUUACAAGUGGUUUUGAUGGUGAAAGCGGUAUUGCUAGUGGUGCGGACAGGUUCAGUGGUGUCAGGACAACGAAAACUGCAGCUGCGGGUUUAGGAGGCGUGGGGGGCAUGGGAUACUUAGAAGGAGGAGCAAGAGGAGCAAUAGGAGCGCGUCGAGAAGCAGGGGUUGCAGACGGCAAAAUAGGAGCACUUAAGGCAGAAAGAGCUAGUACUGUUGGUACCUUCUCCGCCGGCCCUACUGGUACCUCUCGUGUCAACCCUAUUCGCGCCUCUAAUGGCGCUGCUGUUCCUCCUGUCGCUCCUGCCGCUCCCGGUGCUGCCACCAGCACCAGCACUGGCAGCAGCAUCACCAACAGUGGCAGCAGCAGCAGCAGAGGGGGAGUGACAGGGAGCAGCAAGUCGGAUUUGCUGUCGCGGGACUUAUGGAUGAAGGACAGCCACGCGCUGCACUGCUACGCGUGUGACGCGCAGUUCACCAUUCUAAACCGCCGCCACCACUGCCGGCGCUGCGGCCGCGUCUUCUGCGGUCGAUGCACCCAGCGCUCCAUCCCCAUGCCCUUCCUCCGCCGCGACCAGCCACGGCCACUCCUGCCAGCCUCUGCUGCUCCUGCUGCUGGUGGUAGUGGUGGUGGGGGUGCUGGUGCUGGUGGUACUACUGCUGGGGUUAACUCUGCUGGUGGUGCUGCUGCUGCUGGUGGUGGUGGUGGUGGUGGUGGUGGUGUUGGUGGUGGUGUUGGUGGGGUUCAGGAUGUUGCUACUGAGAAGGUUCGGGUGUGCGACCAGUGCUAUGCCGAGGCUCUCAGCUUGCCUCGGAGGGACCCCCAGGCUAGAGGUGCAGGUUCGGCGUUUCGGGAAGCGGUCGAGGUGGGAGAGGGAAGAGGUGGAGGGGGGCAGGGGAGGGGAGGGAGGGGGGAGGGGAGGGGAGGAGAAGGGGAUCUGUGGGAGUGGGAGGAGGGAGGGAAGAUGAGGCGGGGAGUGGGACGGGGAAGGGGUCGGAGUGGAGGAAUAGGGGGAGAAAUGGGCGGAAUGUAUGGGCCUGUCAUGGGGAUGGGAGCGCUGAAGAGCGUUUCAGUGGGCGAGGGGUGGGGACGGGACAGCAGGGGCGGGUAUAGGGGAGAAGGAGGGGCGUUGUUGGGUUUCAGACGGCAGCAGAGCAGUGGAUUGGCGGAGGGCGUGGGAGAAGGUGGUGGAGUUGGGACGCAGUAUGAGUUCAGGCACCCGAAAUACAGGAUUGAUGACGAAUACUUUGGGGAGGAAGAGGAGGAGGACGCAGAGGAGGAGGAAGAUGAAGAAGAGGAGGAGGAGGAGGGUGAUGAUGAGGAUGAGGAUGAAUGCGAGGAAGACGAUGAUGACGAGGAGGAGGACGAGGAAGAGGAGGAGGAGGAGGAGAUGGGGUAUAUACUGUCUCAGGGAAGGGCGAGGCGAAGAGGCAGGGUAAGGGGCAGUACCGACUCUAGGGGAGACGGGCCAGGGGAAAGGUUCAAAGGAGAAAGUGAGGGAGAGAAUUUGCAAUCAGGAGGCAGAGGGGACAGAAGAGUCGGGAUUGGAGCACAGGAGGAAGCAGCAACAACAGCAGCUGGUAAUGGAGGAAGGAUAAACGAGGAAAGGAUGAAAGGGAGAUAUGGAAGGGGAGCAGGAGCAGGAGAAGCAAGAGGCGGAACAGGAGCAGGAGGAGCAGGAGAGGGAGCAGGAGCAGCAGUGGUAGUAGCAGGAGGAGGAGGAAGAGGAGGAGGGGGUGUGGGUGGAGGUAAAGCGGAAGCAACACGGAAAGGGCUGUUGGGACUGACUGGUUUUGGUGUUGGGGGCCUGAGUGGGUUUGGUGUGGGGUUCCAGUCGCGGACUCUCUCCCAUGACAGUCUGCUGGGACUCAGUGGGGCGCAGGAUGGGGGGAGAAGUGAGAGGAAUGGGUGGGACGGACGAAGCGAGAGGAGUGGCUCGGAUUCCAGGUGGAGGGGUGGUGGGGAGGCGGUAGUGGAAGGGGAGGAAGGGGAGGAUGGGGAGUCGCAUGAAAGAGAGAGCAGCGGAACGGAGAUGGCCGGUGAUAACGACGCCAGAAGAGGCAUUCCCAUCAGCAACGCGCCAGCAAAGCCCAAGGAGCCGUACGAGCGAUUAGGUUCCAUCAAGGGGUGGGGAGGCUGGGAGCAUCUAGGCGCAGCAGUGACAGAGGAGGAGAGCGACAGAGAGAGCCCUUCCAUGUGGGACCUCGCUUACUUCCCUCUCGGGUUCACCAGGACGUUUGGGCUUGGUCUAGGCGGGGGGAAGGCAACGGGGAGCAGGAUGGGCGGUGGCGGGGGAGGGAGUGGUGGUGGUGAUGGUGGUGUGGGUAAAUCUUCGUCGGCUAAUGCGCUCGACUCAGAGGGGUUUGGUGGUCGGUUGGAGGGAGGGGACGGCAUGGGUGGGGGCUUGGGAGGGGCAGGGAGGACGAGGAGUAGGUUUGGGUUGGAAGAGGGGGAUUAUGUGGAGGACAGCGAUUGGUGGUGCCGGGACAGGUGGACGCUGGGAAGGAAAGCGGGCAGGGGUGGUGGUGGUGCCGCUGCUGGUUUGAGCAUGCUUGAUGCUGCUGCUGGUUUGAGCACGCUUGAUGCUGCUGCUAGGCAGGGAGUGGGAGUAAGGGGGGGUGAGCAGUGGCAGCGAGGGGAGAUGGGUGAGGGAGCAGCAGUAGGUGUGAGGGAGGCAGGAGCAGAGGGAGAGGGUGAGAUAUCCCAAGAUAAGGGUGGCGUUCACAGCGCAUUUGAGAUGAAAGGUGGCACUGAGAGGGCAGGGUUAACUCAUGCUGCUGCCCCUGGUGCUGCUUCCUUGGCAGCUUCUGCUGGAUCAGGAGCAAUAGCAGCAGGACCAGAAGCUUCAGCGAACGCAGUACCAGCAGAACUGCCAGCUGAAGCACCAGCAGGUAGUGUAGCAGCAAUGCCCGUGACGGCAGGAGCAACUGCAGCAACCGCCUCACAGCAGUCUGUGGGGAGAGGAGCACAGGGGGCACAGUAUGAUGUGGAAGAUGCAGAUGCAGGGGAGGAGACGGCGGAAGGAGUGGCGUCCGGAUUCGGCGUAUCUCCGUACCUGCAGUCGUCGUACGGCUCGUCGUCCUCCGAGUGUCCAGAUGCGGUGAACUUGGAGGCGAAUAGCAAGCUCUGGGAGACGCCGCCUCCAGAUUCGUCUGCACUUGGGGGAGGUGGGAUCCAGGGCAGGGGCAGGGCGGUUGCAUAUGUGGAUGAAGAGGAUGAGGAGGGUAGCUGGUGGAACGAGAGAGGAGGGGAAGGAGAAGGAGAAGGGGAAGGAGAUGGGUGGGAUGCAGGCAGCAGCACUGGUCAGUAUGGUGAUAGCUCAUCCUCGAUUUAUGGGGGUGGGGAGGGGUGGCAGGGGGAUGGACAGAUGGGGACAUACAGCGGAGGAGCAGGAGGAGGAGGCGGGGCAACACGAACAGCGGGGAAAGAGGGAGGAGGAGGCGCUGCAGCUGCUGCUGCAGCACCGGCAGGGGCGGGAACAGUGCUACCAGGCAGUGUGGACGCACGGGAGAGGCUAAGGGAGGUGGUGGAGGGGCAUUUCAGCGCGCUGGUAGAGCAGAUGCUGAAAGCAGAGGGGCUGCAGGCAGGGGCCGAGGGAGACCCUGAGGGGUGGCUUGAGGUGGUUCGGCGCCUGGCCUCCGAAGCUGCGUCGCUGGUUCGGCCGGACUCGAGUUCGAUGGGGGGGUAUAUGGAUCCUGGGGGAUACAUCAAAGUGAAGUGCAUCGCGGGGGGGAAGCGCAGUGAGAGGUACGUGCCAGGGGGGGGCCUGGGAGAGGAAGCACUCCAGGAAGCUGUGUGCUGUGUGGUGGACGGAGUGGUGUGUCGCAAGAACGUGGCCAACAAGAGAAUGGCAUCAGACAUCCGGUGGCCGCACAUCGCUCUGCUCGCCUCCACUCUCGAGUACCAGCGCUGCCCCAACCGCCUCUCCUCCAUCGACACGCUGCUCGCCCAGGUGGGCACAGGUUCAUUGCGGUUGACUGCGGCUGACUAA